AAUCUUGUGCAUGUGUUUGUGUGUUUGUUUAUGUGCCAGCCGAGCAUUCUUCUUAAAGAAAGGCAUGUGGACUGCGAGGAGUAGACUUAGUAUUAUUUUAUUGCUGGUUGUGAGUUUUCCGGGAUAUUGUUUAAUGAUGCUGUCUUCACCGUCGUUGACUGCUGUAGUGUGCCUUGCACACGAGUCGCUGCAAUCGGCGUCCAUUCGCAUGGUGACUUUGGAUGUUCUAGAGUCUCCGGAGAAGGUCAAAACAUGGCACCGGCUUCGGAGUUGGUAUAGCACUGAGAACUCCACGCAGUCGGAUUGACUCACAGACCUACACAACCAAUUCGGCAAAGUCGCUGGCAAUUCCGGGAGGGUGAAUAUCGCUCUCUCCCACUCUCUAUCGAUCCCUCACUUUCUCCCCGUGUUCGACUUGGUAAAGCAGGAACCUGAGGGUGCUCAACACUGAAGAUUGCGACGAGGCUGUAGAGUACUGGUACCGUCGACGGUAAACUUCGGUUCAGGGAUCCUGGUGCUACCUUGGUUGUUCCCACAUGUAGUUGGUUGAGUUGGUCUCUGCAAUGGAUCCAGAAGGACGUGGAUCUGCCGGCAGUGGCAGUGGCCAACCUGAGAAAGAUGUCCCUGGUGUGGGGAGUGGUACCGAGGACGAAGGUUUCUCGGGGGGUGGAUUUGUGUCCUCUCCUCAGCGGGGAUCGACUUCGUCGUUUGCGGAUGCAGCUCCUAGCUUUGCAGACAUGGAUUCGACAUGGCAGAUGUUAGGCAGCGCAGAGUUUGAUCAGCCAGAGGCACAUGCUCCGUGGUGGGACAAUCGUCAGCAAAGGUAUCAGCAAAGAAAUGACUUGAGCAAUAUUGAGCAAUUAGCAGGUUCAUCUAGUUUUCCUCGUGAUCUUGAAGAACUUCCUAACGCGUGUCAGCUUAGAGGUCAUGUAGCUCCAGGUUUAGAUGCUUUCGAAGGAUCAAGCCACUUCACACAGUACCAAGGGCUAGUACGACAGGAGUCAUUGAACUUAAUUACUGCCCAAAUUGCGCGUGACCAUGAGAUUGAGAGGUAUUCCCAGGAAGAGCUCAGAGGAUUUCGAGACGAAAUGGAGCGCUUCCUUUUUGACCAAUCAGAUUCCUUAACGCUGCCUAAUCUUGAACCACAGUACUUCGGCACCAGCGGCACCAGCGGCACCAACCCUGACCCAUUGGGCUAUGCCGACACACCGGUGCCGGAAGUGUCGUCUCUCAGCAUUGGACCUGACACCGAAGUUGAUUUAAGUGAUGCGUCCACCAGGGACUCGCAGGGUGCUUCUGAAGUGUCGUCUCCCGGUUCAAAGAGGAAAUUGGAGGGAGUUUCGGCCGACCAUGCUGGGGAUCCUAAUUAUGAUGGCAAUUCCCCAAGAAUUCGACAGCGCGUGCAAUCCAGCAACGACACUCUGCAGGAGUACAAGGGCAAGGGUUUGAAGGUUAUAAACAGUCCUGCAGGUCGAUCGCCGCAGUCACGAAUAGCUAUUCAAACUAGGACAGAAGUUGACGUGAUAGACGAUGGCUACAAAUGGCGAAAGUAUGGCCAGAAGCCGGUGAAGAACAGCGUUCAUCCCAGAAAUUACUACAAGUGCACCACUGCCAACUGCCCAGUUCGGAAGCGAGUGGAGCGCUGUACCGACGACCCCAGCCAUGUACUCACCACCUACGACGGCACGCAUACGCACCCGGAGACUUCGCCGCAAACUACCGAUGGUUCCAAUCCUCCUCGGAAUGUCGGGUGUAAUUUGGAGAGGAUGGUCGAUGAGGAUGUAUCGACAUCAUCAGCUCCUGUAACCCCGCUGGGACCACCCAGAGUGCCUAGCAAUUACUGGCCGGUCCAGCCUAACGGUCUUGCUAAUCUACUACUGGCCGGCUCGCAACUUCCAGAUCAGAGGCGAUGGAGUCAUCCAGCGGCACAGCAAAUUUUCAGGUUACAGUUCCAAACGCAAUACCCCCUCCUCUUCAACAUGCUCAAUCUUAUGCGCACAUUCCCUCGAGCUCGUCCACCCCUCGUGGACCCUAGAAUGAGCCCUAGGUUGGAUUCCAGAGCAUUACAUGCAGCUCAGAGCUACGCCAUGAGGACGGCAAGCGGCCACAUCAAUCAAGACGUAGUUGGUCCUGCUUCUGCCAAGGCAUUGGAUCCUCAAAACAGCAGCUCCGGGCUUGGACCUUCGAGCUCUGUCCCCGUGAGCUUCUCGAGAGCUCAGCAACGUCUCUUGUGGAUGCGGCAACUGAUGGGCGAAUCGAUAUUGGGCGAGCAACGUACUGGUCAACACCCUGCCUCUGAUUCCACCACAGACAACUAAGAUCCGAUGAGUAACUUGAGGGAUCCUGCAUGAGUAUGCAACGCAUCGUGUCUAAAUUUUUUACUGAACAAAUGCCCGGUACAUGUGGAUUCAUGGUUGAGCGACCAAAAAAAAGUUGUAAUAAUAAAAAAAUAUGCACCGAUCGUGCGAACCAGUUGUAGCUAAAGUGCUGACAGCUUUGCCUCAACAAAUCCGAUCUCCAUAAUGUCAAGCUAUCUAGCUUCAUUGAAAGUCCUGUUCGUCAA